AUGUCUCAAGAAACCCCAGAGGCCUUUAGAAAUGUCCGCAGCAAUCCUGGACUGCAGAUAUGGACCAUAAACAAUAUGGAGAUGGUCCCUGUUCCACGGGAGGCUUUUGGGAAUUUCUUUGAGGGCGAUUGUUAUAUUGUGCUGCAUGUAAGCAAUGACUCCGCUCACUCCAAGAACAUCCAUUAUUGGAUUGGGAACACCUCCUCGCAGGAUGAGCAAGGGGCAGCGGCCAUCUAUGUUACCCAGCUGGACGAGUUUCUGGGUGGCAGCCCCAUCCAGCACAGAGAGGUGCAGGGUUUUGAGUCCUCCAAAUUCCAGAGCUACUUUAAAAACGGCAUUGUCUACAAGAAAGGAGGGGUGGCGUCGGGUUUCCAGCACGUCGAGACGAACGUGUACAACAUCCUGCGUCUGCUGCAUAUUAAAGGCAGGAAGCGCGUCAGGGCUACAGAGGUGCCUGUCUCCUGGGACAGUUUCAACGCAGGCGACAUAUUCCUGCUGGACAUGGGAAAGGUGAUUGUGCAGUGGAAUGGCCCUCAAAGCAACAGAAGAGAGAAGCUAAAGGCAGUGCUCCUGGCCCAGGACAUCCGUGACAGGGAGCGGGGUGGGCGCGCUCAGAUCGGCGUGGUGGAGGGCGAGGAUGAGGGAUCCUCCCCGGAGCUGAUGAAGAUCAUGAGGGCUGUGCUUGGCCCGAGAGAUGGGAGGCUCAAAGAAGCCAUCCCAGACACCAAGCCAAGUGGCAGCCAGACUGGCGGUGUCAAGCUCUACAAUGUCUCUGAUGCCAGUGGCAGCCUGGUCGUCCAAGAGGUCGCUACACAGCCACUAACCCAGGAUCUGCUCCGCUCCACGGACUGCUAUAUUGUGGACCAGGGCGGGGCCAGCAUCGCGGUGUGGAAGGGGAAGGGAGCCUCCAGGGAGGAGCGGAGUGCAGCUUUGGGGAGGGCAGUGGGCUUCAUUAAGGCGAAGAACUACCCCUCCACCACCAAUGUAGAAGUGAUGGCUGAGGGUGGGGAGUCGGCCAUGUUUAAGCACCUCUUCAAGUCCUGGAGAGACAAGAACCAGGCUCAGGGCUUGGGCAGGACCUACUCUAUGGGAAAGAUUGCUAAGGUGAGCCAGGAGAAGUUUGACGUGAUGGAGCUCCACGCUCGCCCUGAGCUGGCCGCCCAGCAGCGCAUGGUGGACGAUGCCUCUGGAGAAGUGCAGGUGUGGCGUAUUGAGCACCUGGAGCUGCAGGAGCUUCACCCCAGCUCCUAUGGCCAGUUCUAUGGAGGAGACUGUUACCUGAUUCUCUACACCUACAAAAGGAGCAACCAGCUACAGUACAUCCUCUACAUGUGGCUGGGGCGCCAUGCCACCCAAGACGAGAUAACUGCGUGUGCGUACCAGGCCGUCAACGUGGAUAAUAAGUACAACGGGGCACCCGUCCAGGUCAGAGUUACCAUGGGCAAGGAGCCACGACACUUCAUGGCAAUUUUCAAGGGGAAGCUCAUCAUCUUUGAGGGUGGUACUGGACAACCUGGAGUGGCAAACCCUAUCUCCGGCAGUGCUAGGCUGUUCCAGAUGCGAGGGGCGCACGAGUUUGACACCAAGGCAACUGAGGUCCCAGCCCGCGCGUCUUCCCUCAACACCAACGACGUCUUCCUCCUGAACACAGACCGGGUCUGCUUCCUGUGGUAUGGGAAGGGCUGCAGUGGGGACGAGAGAGAGAUGGGAAAGUACGUGGCAGACGUCCUCACCAAGCAGGACAAGCAGGUGGUGAUGGAGGGACAGGAGCCAGCUGAGUUUUGGGUGGAGUUGGGGGGGAAGGCUCCGUACGCCAGUGAUAAAAGGUACAGAGCUGGUGCCGACGAUUUGUUCAGCUGAACAUUUCCACAUUGCAAGGAGCCAGCCCACAAUCCCCGGCUGUUUGAAUGCUCCAAUCAGACAGGCCGCUUCCUGAUGACAGAGGUGGAGGACUUCGCCCAGGAGGACCUGGAUGAGGAGGAUGUCAUGCUGCUUGACACUUGGGAAGAGCUCUUCCUGUGGAUUGGCAGGUCAGCCAACGAAUAUGAAGCCAAGGAGGCAUAUACCAGUACAGUGGAGUACCUAAAGACCCACCCAGCAGGCAGGGACGCAGGGACACCCUUAAUAACCGUGAAGCAGGGGUUUGAGCCUCCAACUUUCACCGGCUGGUUCAAUGCCUGGGACCCUCAUAAGUGGAGUGGUGGAAAUUCAUAUGAGGAAAUGAAAAACAAGCUUGGGGACAUGGCAUCUAUUUCACAGAUUACUGUUGUAAGAGGUCCGGUCACUUCCACGCUGAAUGUUUCGGGGCCGGGCUCAAGUGGGGCUAGUGCUCCCAGUAUGAGCCCCCAACUGCUGCUCAACAGGUCCCCAAAUGAGCUGCCUGAUGGAGGGGAUCCUAGCAAGCAGGAGGAAUACCUCUCGGAUGCAGAGUUUCAGGCCAGGAUCGGUUCUUCACGGAAGGAUUUCUAUCGCUUGCCUAAGUGGCGGCAAAAUCAGCUAAAGAAGUUAGCUGGGCUUUUCUGAGAACCAGGAGCGGCAUCCUUCCAGCCACUGCAGAUGCCUGCUAAUUUCUGCCUAUACGUUAGCAUAAGGUUAACCAACCCCGAUUUCAAAGAGCUAAGAGCCCAUUAAACAACCCUGUGAACAACAGACGGAAUCUAGACGUCUCGAAGGCUGGAAUUCUGGUACUGACACAUUUUAACAGACUCAUUUAUCCCCAAUUUCACUUAGGUUUCAGCUGC